CACAAACAUGAAAUUCACAUUUCACCAACUUAGGUGGGAGUGGCUUCUCUUGUAACCACAUAACUCACUUCCUUAAAUUCCCUCGCAAUUUCUUUUUUAAAAAUUGAGACAUCUUCACUUUGCAUGUUCCAAAACCUGUCAAUAUAGAAAUAUCCGAAACAAAGUAGUUGUGUUGCCUGUUCUUGUCUUGUCUCUUAGUUCAAAAGAAAAACAUGUACAUACAAGGUACGAAGAAGAGAGUUGUGGAGAAGAGCAAGAGCGUUAGGGAGAAAGAGACGAAGCAAAGCUCGAAUUUCUUCACUAAACACUUGAAGAGAAUCUACCCCAUCGCCCUCCAACGAAGCACUUCCUCUUCUUUCUCCCUCUCCUCCAUCUCCCUGUCGCUUUCUCAGAACUCCAACGAUUCCUUCGGUGCCACUGAUUCUAAUUCCACGUUGGAGCAGAAGAUCUCUCUCGCCCUCGGCCUCAUCUCUAACUCUCCGCAAAGAAGAGAAACGCCGUAUCUUCCCCGAAACGUUCCACAGCAACACCAAGAACAGCUUCAAUCUCUGGAUUCAAACAACGGUGAGCCGAGGAGGUGUAAUUGGAUUACCAAGAACAGCGACGAAGCUUACGUGAGUUUUCAUGACCAGCAAUGGGGGGUCCCUGUCUAUGAUGACAACCAGCUGUUUGAACUCCUUGCCAUGUCGGGCAUGCUUAUGGACUUCAACUGGACUGAGAUUCUCAAACGAAAAGAACUUUUUAGAGAGGCAUUUGUUGGGUUUGAUCCAAAUCUUGUGGCCAAAAUGGGAGAGAAAGAGAUAACAGAGAUUGCAUCAAACAAAGCAAUAACGUUGCAGGAGUGCAGAGUGAGAUGCAUUGUGGACAACGCCAAAUGCAUUGUCAAGGUGGCGAAGGAAUUCGGAUCAUUCAGCAGCUUCAUGUGGGGGUUCAUGGACUACAAACCAGUAAUCAACAGGUUCAAGUAUCCGAGGAACGUACCGCUUAGAACACCGAAAGCAGAGAUAAUAAGCAAAGAUUUGAUCAAACGAGGAUUCAGAUUCGUCGGUCCGGUGAUCGUAUAUUCGUUCAUGCAAGCCGCAGGGCUAACGAUAGAUCAUCUCGUCGAUUGUUUUAGGCAUGGUGAGUGUGUUAGCCUCGCCGAGAGACCUUGGAGGCAUAUAUAAACUAAUUAAAACCAUAUAUCCCUUCAUAUAUACAUAUAUAUAUUGUCCCGUUUUGGAAUGUAUUUGUUAUAUAUGUUCACCUUUUCGGUUGUUCCUCUUCCUAUUGGACUUUGAUAAAAUGAAGUCAUGUAUCUUACUUUUCCUUGAGUAUA